AUGUAUUUAAAUGGUGAAUUGAAUAAAAUGAUUCAAAGAAAAACUUACUGUCCUAAAGAUAGUGAUUUCAAUGACUAUUUUGCACAUCAAGUCGGUUCUGGAUUCGGUGACAUUAGAAUAGUCAGAGGUCCUAGGUAUCAAAGAGGGUAUGGCUUCGGUAGCUUCUUCUCUCGCUUAGCUAUGCCUGUUAUAAGGUAUUUAGGCAAAGAAGCUCUGAAUAAAGGAGUCAGUAUCGGUAAGCGUGUAGUUCAAGACCCUCAAAUUCAACAAGCUUUCAAAGAUAGUGUUAAAGAUUUGGCAAAUAAAGGACUAGCUAAAAUUAAGGAAAAGGUUGUAACACAAGAAGGAAGUGGACGAAAAAGAUUAUAUAAAAGGAGGCAAAAGUCUAAACCUCAAAAAUCUUUGCGUAAAGUGAAGAAGCACACUCUGAAAAGAACUGUCAUUGAAAGUAUCUAUGACACAGAAUACAGACCGAUAGGAUCGAUUGCGAAAGCUAAUGUAUUUGAAUUCAUAGUGCCAGCUUCGGAACACUACACUGACCUCUCUGCAACGUAUUUGUAUGCAAAAAUGAAGAUUGACGUACCCACAGGAAAAAGUGUUACACCCACAAACAAUUUUGCUGCCUCACUAUUUGAGCAACUUGAUGUUUAUUUUGGGAGUGUAAACGUCACACCUGGAAAUAGUUUAUACCACUAUCAGUCAUACAUUGAUGACAUAUUUUUCAAGUAUAAAUCACCCCUUGAUGAUUGUCAAAUGAUUAAUGAUACGGAUUCUGCAAGAUCUGAUAGAAUCAAAGAUAAAAAAGAGUUUGACAUUAUAAUACCUAUUCACGCUCCAAUGUUUCAACAAGAAAAAUUUUUGAUUGAUAAUGUGCCCAUCUCGUUACGAUUCAAAUGUGCACCGCAGACUUUUGGAUUGAACAGCGCAACAGAAGUAACUCCGCUGAGUGUAGAGUUUACACAGCUUUCUCUUUUCAUAAGGCGAGUUAAAUUGUAUGCUCCAGUACAAAUGGCAAUCACUUCACAAUUGGAAAAGAGUCCGGCAAAGUAUUACUUUCAAAGGAAUGAAGUCAAAUCAUUUCAUCUACCAAAAGACUUUGCUGCAAAUAGCAUUGACAAUGUAUACAAUGGACAGUUACCACGCAAAAUUAUUGUUGGUUUUGUUUCUGAUGAUGCAUUUAAUGCGAAAUUGACAAAAGACUCAUUCAAUUUUGAACAUAAAAAUCUGCAAAGCGCUACGAUUGUCGUAAAUGGAACUAAAAUACCGAGUACACCUUAUCAGCCUGAUUUCAAAAAUAAAUUAUUCAUGAGAGAAUACUUUAAUGUUUUCCGCUCCAUGAAUCAAGAUAAUGGAAUACCUAAAAUCAAUCUAAAAUAUCAAAAUUAUUCUGAUAAAUAUCCACUUCUUGUUUUUGAUUUAACCGAUGAUGGUACUCUCGCAAGUGAUUCAGGUGUAUUAUCUAUGAUCAAGAGAGGCAAUGUUCGUAUGGAUAUUCAAUUUUCUUCUGCUCUUAGUGAAGGGAUGCAUAUGCUGGUGUUUGCUAUAUAUGAUAGCGUUCUACAAAUUGAUGCAGCACGUAAUAUUGUCACGGACUACUGA